AUAUUACUGAUUUACGUGCAUGACGUGUGGUCCAUGUUGGUGAGAAUGCGGAGGCGGCUGUAGGCGACCCGUGUGGUGUUAUACCUGAAUGGGCUAGGUCAGCCUUUGUGUUUGAAGGAGGGCGACUUGGAUAGUGACCGGAGUUGGUUUAGACGUGGAGCGCUUACCCAUCUACUGUAUCCUUGCUACCCAGUCACAGUCGACAGCCCAAACAAAUAUUUUCCCCGGUUAUUUGUGUUCCUAUAACACUGUUAACCGUAUGCGCAAGCUCAGAAAAAAUAACGGAUGUCCCUGAGAUGCUACCGAGUCCCCGAUAUAGUACACCCGCGACUGGAGCACCAUUCGAGACUUGGAAGAGGAGGACCAGGAGACCCGCCCUCGUAGGGAACCGGAUCGUCAAUCCGUGGUUACCACCCCGACGCGUCUGGGAUUUGUACAGCAACCGGGUAGUCCCAUGGUGGAUCACGGACGUUGAUGGGAAACUCCGCUGGCCUCAGCCGAUAUCGCAUGCAUGGGUGGACGAGAAGGAUCGCGCCGACAGGUGGGUGGACCAGGGGAGGAUGUGCGUGCGGAGGAGUGGAAGCUGGACGUGCCCAUGAUUGGGGCGGUGUAUCGGCCGUGCCAAAGUCGUAGUUGCGUGAGGCAGUCUGAGAGGAGAGAGGGGAGGGAU